ACAUUAUAAGGAACGUUACUUUACUUUAUACUCUUUUGGUUAUUAGUCUGAACUGGUGAGCUAGAAAUUUCAAAUAUAUUAACUGUUUUAUCUUAUGGUAUAAAUAAUUCAAUGAUUGAUGUAAUUAUUUUGAUGCUUCCUAUAGUUGUGUUAUUUACGAAAAAUGUGAAGGGCGAGGAAUAUACAGGAAAUAUAAUGGUGUCUGGACGCUGCCAACACGGAGAGUAUCUCCAGCAUGAAUCGGACUGUCGCAAAUUCUACCUUUGUGAUCAUAGUUUGAAAUAUCUGAUGGUAUGCGGAACUGGUACAGCGUGGAACCCUCCCUUAAGGAAUUGUACUCCAGAAGGAACCGAAAUAAAUUGCAAGACAAAAAUAUUCAGUACCUCAAUGAAAAUUGAACCCACCGAUGAAUCUAGAAACAACUUUAAUAUGAAUAAAACAGAAACGACUACAACACCUGAGAAACUCGUUAGUAUGGAAAAUAAAAAUUAUAUUGAAAAAAUUACUGAAGCAGCGAGAAGGAAGGUCGAAAUAAAUAAUACAACGAACACUACUGCUGUAAACACGAUGAUUAAGAACCAGAUUAAAGAGAGAACUGUUUCAAAAAGUGUGCACGACCCAAAACAGAUGGGAGGAAUCAGUCUUGCAAGGGGUGUAAAGGUCCCCGAAUACAUUACAAUCAGAACUGUAGCUCGAGUACCGAGAACGGCUAAGGACAGGAACGCAAUGGGCACAGGAACAAAUGUGAGAGCCAAUAAACGUGACGUAGAGAAUGAAGAUGACCAAAAGAAAACAGACAUCAAUGUAAAAUUAAAAAUACAUAUCCCUAAGAGGAAAAAAGGAAAAACAAAAAUAAACAUAGAUAUAUCCAUAUUAGAUCUAGGAAGCAAUUGCAUGGCGUGCUCAAAAUCACAUACAAACUCUAAAACCAAAGAAUUACCUGAAAGUACUAGCCACACGGUCACAUCGGAGCUCCCGAACGAGAAUACAGACAGCAAAGUCACGCCAUUCCUUAGAGAGUCUACCGAAAGAACUAUGGGCACUGUCACUAAGAUCAAUGAACAAUCAACCGAGGCAAAUAGUUACACUACAAUCACAAACUCAAAACUGACAUCAGAGAGCACGAUCUACCAUACCACUCCAACCCCAGGGGAAUUAUUUCCAGGCACAAGCAUUAACUCCUCGCCAUCAUCCGAACAAUCAAGUGAAGGUACAACGAGCUAUGUAACACCAACACCUGUACAGUCAACAGAGGAGACAGGUAGCACGAAUACUUCAAACACAGAAGAGUCUACCCAAGUUACAAAUCCUGCUAUAGUCCCAUCCACAGUAGAUUUCACAGAGAGCACAACCAGCUCUCUUGUACCAACCUCACAAGAAUUACCUGAAAGUACUAGCCACACGGUCACAUCGGAACUCCCGAACAAGAAUACAGACAACAACGUCACGCCAUUCCUAGGAGAGGCUACCGAAAGUACUUUAAGCACUGUCACAGGUGAAUUAUUUCCAGGCACAAGCAUUAACUCCUCGCCAUCAUCAGAACAAUCAAGUGAAGGUACAACGAGCUAUGUAACACCAACACCUGUACAAUCAACAGAGAAGACAGGUAGCACGACUACUUCAAACACAGAAGAGUCUACCCAAGUUACAAAUCCUGCUAUAGUCCCAUCCACAGUAGAUUUCACAGAGAGCACAACCAGCUCUCUUGUACCAACCUCACAAGAAUUACCUGAAAGUACUAGCCACACGGUCACAUCGGAACUCCCGAACAAGAAUACAGACGGCAACGUCACGCCAUUCCUUAGCAAGGCUACCGAAAGUACUUUUGGCACUGUCACUAAGAUCAAUGAACAAUCAACCGAGCCAAAUAGUUACACUACAACCACAAACUCAGAACUGACAUCAGAGAGCACGAUCUACCAUACCACUCCAACCCCAAGGGAAUUAUUUCCAGGCACAAGCAUUUACUCCUCGCCAUCAUCAGAACAAUCAAGUGAAGGUACAACGAGCUAUGUAACACCAACACCUGUACAAUCAACAGAGAAGACAGAUAGCACGAAUACUUCAAACACAGAAGAGUCUACCCAAGUUACAAAUCCUGCUAUAGUCCCAUCCACAGUAGAUUUCACAGAGAGCACAACCAGCUCUCUUGUACCAACCUCACAAGAAUUACCUGAAAGUACUAGCCACACGGUCACAUCGGAACUCCCGAACAAGAAUACAGACGGCAACGUCACGCCAUUCCUAGGAGAGGCUACCGAAAGUACUUUAAGCACUGUCACAGGUGACUUAUUUUCAGGUACAAGCAUUAACUCCUCGCCAUCAUCCGAACAAUCAAGUAAAGGUACAACGAGCUAUGUAACACCAACACCUGUACAAUCAACAGAGAAGACAGGUAGCACGACUACUUCAAACACAGAAGAGUCUACCCAAGUUACAAAUCCUGCUAUAGUCCCAUCCACAGUAGAUUUCACAGAGAGCACAACCAGUUCUCUUGUACCAACCUCACAAGAAUUACCUGAAAGUACUAGCCACACGGUCACAUCGGAACUCCCGAACAAGAAUACAGACGGCAACGUCACGCCAUUCCUAGGAGAGGCUACCGAAAGUACUUUAAGCACUGUCACAGGUGAAUUAUUUUCAGGCACAAGCAUUAACUCCUCGCCAUCAUCCGAACAAUCAAGUAAAGGUACAACGAGCUAUGUAACACCAACACCUCUGCAGUCAACAGAGAAGACAGGUAGCAUGACUACUUCAAAUACAGAUGAGUCUACCCAAGUUACAAAUCCUGCUAUAGUCCCAUCCACAGUAGAUUUCACAGAGAGCACAACCAGCUCUCUUGUACCAACCUCACAAGAAUUAUCUGAAAGUACUAGCCACACGGUCACAUCGGAACUCCCGAACAAGAAUACAGACGGCAACGUCACGCCAAUCCUUGGCAAGGCUACCGAAAGUACUUUAAGCACUGUUACAGGUGAAAUAUUUCCAGGCACAAGCAUUAACUCCUUGCCAUCAUCCGAACAAUCAAGUGAAGGUACAACGAGCUAUGUAACACCAACACCUGUACAAUCAACAGAGAAGACAGGUAGCACGACUACUUCAAACACAGAAGAGUCUACCCAAGUUACAAAUCCUGCUAUAGUCCCAUCCACAGUAGAUUUCACAGAGAGCACAACCAGCUCUCUUGUACCAACCUCACAAGAAUUACCUGAAAGUACUAGCUACACGGUCACAUCGGAACUCCCGAACAAGAAUACAGACGGCAACGUCACGCCAUUCCUAGGAGAGGCUACCGAAAGUACUUUAAGCACUGUCACAGGUGAAUUAUUUCCAGGCACAAGCAUUAACUCCUCGCCAUCAUCCGAACAAUCAAGUAAAGGUACAACGAGCUAUGUAACACCAACACCUCUGCAGUCAACAGAGAAGACAGGUAGCACGAAUACUUCAAACACAGAAGAGUCUACCCAAGUUACAAAUCCUGCUAUAGUCCCAUCCACAGUAGAUUUCACAGAGAGCACAACCAGCUCUCUUGUACCAACCUCACAAGAAUUACCUGAAAGUACUAGCCACACGGUCACAUCGGAACUCCCGAACAAGAAUACAGACGGCAACGUCACGCCAUUCCUAGGAGAGGCUACCGAAAGUACUUUAAGCACUGUCACAGGUGAAUUAUUUUCAGGCACAAGCAUUAACUCCUCGCCAUCAUCCGAACAAUCAAGUAAAGGUACAACGAGCUAUGUAACACCAACACCUCUGCAUCAACAGAGAAGACAGGUAGCACGACUACUUCAAACACAGAAGAGUCUACCCAAGUUACAAAUCCUGCUAUAGUCCCAUCCACAGUAGAUUUCACAGAGAGCACAACCAGCUCUCUUGUACCAACCUCACAAGAAUUACCUGAAAGUACUAGCCACACGGUCACAUCGGAACUCCCGAACAAGAAUACAGACGGCAACGUCACGCCAUUCCUAGGAGAGGCUACCGAAAGUACUUUAAGCACUGUCACAGGUGAAUUAUUUUCAGGCACAAGCAUUAACUCCUCGCCAUCAUCCGAACAAUCAAGUGAAGGUACAACGAGCUAUGUAACACCAACACCUGUACAAUCAACAGAGAAGACAGGUAGCACGACUACUUCAAACACAGAAGAGUCUACCCAAGUUACAAAUCCUGCUAUAGUCCCAUCCACAGUAGAUUUCACAGAGAGCACAACCAGCUCUCUUGUACCAACCUCACAAGAAUUACCUGAAAGUACUAGCCACACGGUCACAUCGGAACUCCCGAACAAGAAUACAGACGGCAACGUCACGCCAUUCCUAGGAGAGGCUACCGAAAGUACUUUAAGCACUGUCACUAAGAUCAAUGAACAAUCAACCGAGGCAAAUAGUUACACUACAAUCACAAACUCAGAACUGACAUCAGAGAGCACGAUCUACCAUACCACUCCAACCCCAAGGGAAUUAUUUCCAGGCACAAGCAUUAACUCCUCGCCAUCAUCCGAACAAUCAAGUGAAGGUACAACGAGCUAUGUAACACCAACACCUCUGUACAAUCAACAGA